AUGCAAGAAAAAUCAACCACCGUCGCCGCAUAUGCGGCUGGCGCCUCCCUCGCCGCUGUCGCCCUCUUUUACGUCUUCGGUCCCAACUACACAAUCGAUGGGGAUGAGUCAAGUGAUAGCAACCGUAAAAAGAGCAUUGUUGGUCUAUCCAAUCCUGCCAAUGACUGCUUCAUCAACUCAGUCUUGCAGGCGCUUGCUGGCCUGGGUGACUUGCGUGUUUAUCUGAUCAGAGAACUCCAUCGGCGUGAGCUGGAUGGACCGGAAGUCUAUAACUCUCUACCGGGUGUAAAAGAGCUCGCCGGCGGUGAGAAGUCGGAAAAAGUCCGGGAGUUGCAGCAAGGCACGAUCACCCGGGCUUUGAAAGAGAUGUUAGACCGGUUGAAUGAGCGCCCAAUUUACAAGAAGACAAUUUCGGCGCGUCCAUUCAUCCAGGCUCUCGAAUACGCAUACCGGACCCGGAUUAGCCGUAACCAACAAGAUGCACAGGAGUUCCUGCAAAUCGUCGCCGAACGGCUUUGUGAUGAAUACCAUGCCGGUGUCAAAGCGCGACAGAGACUACAGGGACCCAUUGACAUACCCACAGGCUCGGAAAUUUCACAAAGUACCGAAGAUGUCACAUCCGCUAAGAGCCCAUCUGAGAUUGAGGUACGCAUCGAUGACGGAUCCGAGAACGGCCUGCCGGCAAUCAUCGAUACCAAACUCAAGGAGAUCGACAAUGAGUAUGGGUUUCCGUUCGAGGGGAAGCUCGAGUCUCAGAUUGAAUGUCAAUUCUGUCAUUAUAAGUACAAGCCCAACCAGACUUCGUUUGUCAACUUGACGUUACAAGUGCCGCAGAAGAGCUCCACCACACUCAGUGCGUGUUUCGAUGGCCUCCUCAAGACCGAACACAUCGACGACUUUAGGUGUGACAGAUGCCGUCUGCAACAUGCACUCGAAGUGAAAAUGCAAGAGCUGAAGCAAACACACGGAGCCAAAGAGCAGCAGACCCUCCAGACCGAAAUUCAAAAAUUACAAAAUGCUUUGUCAACAGAUCCAGAGGGCCCGCUGGAAGGUGUUACUCUUCCACCCGCGGAGGCUGCUCCCAAGCGAAAGAUUGCACGCCAUAUGCGCAUUACGGUCUUCCCUAAGAUCAUUGCGAUCCAUCUCUCACGGUCUAUAUUCGACCGCAGCAGUUCCACCAAGAACGCGGCAAAGGUAGCAUUCCCUGAGCGACUUCCGCUGGGGGGUAUCCUGAAUCAGAAGUGGUUCAAACUGCUGGCGAUUGUUUGUCACAAAGGCAGCCACAACAGUGGCCAUUACGAAUCAUUCCGACGAAACCAUCUCUAUCCGCCCUUCUCGACACCGGAUGUCUUCAGUUCGUAUGCACAGAGCCGAGCUACAAGUGAGAAUCCAUCGCAAGUACCAAGCCCUCGCAUGGGGCCUCGUUCCUUAGAUGCAGAGCCUCCAGAUCUUAGCAUCUCGACUUCAACCUCGCCAUCUUCUUCGUCCCUUUCUCCGGCCCCGUCGCUAUCCCCGUCGAGGAAGAAGUCUCCUACAGCUGCAUCUCAAUUGAAUCCUCCGGCAUCCCCGGCUCCCCGGCCAAGCACGUCAUCGAGCUCCCGUGUAUCCUUCCAAAGUAGCCGCACCAAAUCCAAGCAGAACCUGUCUCCGACCUCAGAUCCUCAGAGUCCUGCAACUGACGGUGGACGCUGGAGCAAGUCCAGCUCGCGCCCAUCAUUUAUGAGCGAUCGCAUAACUCCAGGUACUUCUGCUGAGACUUCUACUGGGCCAACUUCUCGUCUUCGCCGUCGUCGUAAGGCAAAUGACCGAUGGUGGCGUAUCUCAGAUGAGAAGGUCAAGGAAUGUAAGACGUCGGACGUUCUGGGUAUGCAAAAAGAGGCCUACCUCCUAUUCUACGAGAUGGAGAAGUCAACCAGUGGCCCACAGGAUUCAUAA